AUGAGGAUGGUCGAUCCUGUUGAUGCUUUCGAAGCUGCGCUUCAAGGCCUUGCUACAAAAGACCUAGACUCAGAGUCUAGUCUGCUUCCCGGAGAAAAUGACUUAGAUUCCUUGCUCAGUAAUGUAAAGCCCGCUGAGGGUCAGGAUGACGAUGAAUUCAUUCAGCUGCUUACCGGCGUUAGGCCUGAAGAUAGGAGUAGUGGUGCCCUUGCUUCAUCUAAUGGACAGCCCCAAGGUAACCAAGGCGGACCACAGCAGGACAUUAUAAUGAGUGCCCUAAUCAACGCCGGGAUUGCUCCUUCAUCUCUCUCGUCAGAGCCUGCAAAGCCCAAGUCCUUUGCUGCACAAGCAACGCCUCGCAUAAUUAAGGCUACGGGCUCGGCCCCUCCUAGUGUUAAGAUAUUUCGCCAAGCUGGAAAUCCAUUUGUCAAGAUUAUUCAACAGCCGGCUAUAACCAUUUCCAAUGGCCAUCAAACCUUGAGAAUGGCUAGCCAGUUGAUUCGCAAGCCCGAGAUCGGAUCCAGCCCUAUGCCUCCUGGCUCUCUUCGUGUACCAAAUAUCAUUCGGAAGAGACAUGCCUCCUCCGUUGACCUUGUUGCUCCACCGACAAAAGUUCAACGCGCUAUCGAGUUAAGCUUGCCAGUCUCUGGUGUUAUGCAACCCUCUGCAACAACCACCUUAACAAAUGGAUUCGGGGAUUGGUCAGAACAUGCAAAACUGAACCGCUUUCCCAUCGCUUUUAGAAACCAUCAACUUUCUCAAUAUCAUACAAACAUUAUCAAGCCAUUUCAGAUGCUUAGACGAGACGACGAUUUGGACGAGGAUGGGGAUGACUUGGCACAGGCGGAGACAUAUGCCGACUACGUACCUGAAAAACGUAGGCUGCUUUCUCAUUUGCAAUAU